GGCGUGGCGGGGCGUGACGUCACCAUCUGGAGCAGUAUAAAAGGGGCGACGCGGGCAGAGGCGGUACAGGUCAGCCAAAGUGGUUGUGGCAGCAGCACCCCCUCGACUCCACCUCGUCUCUCCACCUCCAGCAACACCACCGCCAUGAAGUCUCUCGCAAUCCUUCUUGUCACCGUGGCCGCCGCAUCAGCGCUCCAGGUCUCAGCACCAGUGUCAGCCAGCUUCGGCGCCGGAGCCCCGGGAGCAGCAGCAGGCGUGGGCGUCGGGCAGCCCGGCGCGGCGGCGGGAGGAGCAGCAGCUAACCCUGGCUUCGUCGACUACGGGCCUAAGGUGUACGGCAUGGGCGCCAAGAACCCCCUCGCCCUCCCCCCCAACCCCUUCGUCAUCCAGAGAGCCUUGGCCGUCGCUAACAGUGUUCCCAACGUGCUGGUGCGCCUCGACCUCAACGGAGAGAUCACCCUCACCAACCAGUUCGGCCAGGAGGUGGAUGUGGUCGACGCAUUUGGCCGCGAGAUCGAGUACGAAUUCUAAGGAGUGACUAAACCAAACCUCAAACACAUUAAAUUAACACGAAAACCUCUACAAAAACUAUAAAACCCGAUGAUAAAACAAUAGAAAAACCAUCAACACUUGUAUAAACGAAAACAAUAGCGUGAAUCAGUUUUUUGUUGUAAGUAAUUUUCUGGUAUCCAUUCACUCAUGACUUUUUUUUUAUAUAAUUUUCAAGUCUGGUUCUCAUUGCAAAAUUCUCCAUGUCUUGUUUUAGGAUCACUUAAACCUCCGUCAGUCGUAUUCCUAUAAACCGAUACGAAAACCCAAACAAAAAAGGCAACUGUGAUUUUUUAUACAUUUCUUUCUCCUUCUCCUCCUCCUCCUCCUGUUUAUCUCGUACAUUAAUUUGUCUCAUGGAAUAUCAACAAAACUCUUAACUAAAAAUAUUAAAAAAAACAAA